AUGGGCGCCCAAUCUUCUAAACCAGCUCGUCGUGGAGAGGAGUCUCUGGAAAGAAGGGAGCAAAGAGCGGCGUCUCUUUUCGCCAAAGUCGCCAGUUCUUCUUCUUCUUCUUCUUCUUCUUCUUCUGCGCGAGAACGAGACAACGGGAAAACAACGACUUCGGAGGCGAACUUUAUGCCGAAGAAUUUGGACGACGGCGUCGACGAGGACGAUGACGACAGAAGGAAAAAGAUAGAGGAAACGAGAAGGAGAUCUUCAUUCUCGUCGUCCUCGUCGGGAAUUUCGAAACUGAGUAAGCUGAGAGAGACGAGUUCGAUUCCAAUUUCUCAGCGCGCGACGGACCUUCCCAAACACCAACAAGAUGAAAAGAGCAGAACAAAAAAUUGGACGUAUCCUUCGCCGAAGAUGUUUUACGAAGCGAUUAAACGGAAAGGGUGGCAACCACCGGAAACAGACAUCGACAACGUAGUUAAAAUUCACAACGUCGUCAACGAGAGGUGUUGGCAAGAAAUUCUAAAGUGGGAGAAAGAGUUUCAUCCGAAGACGCUUAGCGGAGGAGGAGGAGGAGGAGGAGGAGAUCCAGGCGAGGAAGAAACAAACAACGCGUCUGUUUCUCUUUUGCGGUUUAAGGGGAAACCAAGAGAUUACUCCCCGAAAGCGAGAUUAUUGAACGCGCUCGGGUAUAAGUUACCUUUUGAUAGACACGAUUGGAUAAUCGAUAGAAACGGUGAAGACGUUCGGUACGUCAUAGAUUUUUACAACGCCAAAGUUCCUCCGCAAGGAAAGGGCGAUUCUUCCUCUCUCGAGGUUGGACCGAUAGCAAUGCACGUAGACGUUCGACCAGCGCUGGAUUCUCUCGAAGCGUUCUACGAAAGAGCGUACAUGCAAAUGAAAUGGAUUUCCAGCGGGAGGUGGAUGCGAUAA